AUGGCUGCUUUGCCGGGCCGCAGCCCGACGGCGCUGCGAUAUCCCACACGAAUGAGCCCGAUGCAUGCACCAUUUCCUUCAGUCACAUCAACAAUGAAUCCCGACGCGAAGGACUUCAUUCCGCACCUGUAUGGAGCCGGUUCCCUGGCGCCUCUACCAACGUCGACAGCGGAGCUUGCAGAGGAGCAGGAGCGGCAGCAGCAGGAACAGCAGAAUCAUACUCCCAGCAGCAUCAAGUGGACGGCGACGUCAACGAGUAAUAACAACACACAUCCAGCGGUGUCGCCCGCGUUUAAGGCCAGCUUCACACCAACCAGCGCCCCGAUCCAUGUGGAGAAGACGGAGGAGGAGAUUUUAGAGAUUAGCAAGCGCAGCUCCCUGAAAGCGGGUGCCGUGGCUUUCGUCCCGCGCCGCACGCUAAACCGCAUUCUCAUCAAUAAGCCUUCUCCAUUCUCGUUGACACCAGCGACAGGGGAGAUGCCACUAGGUGACCUGUGGUGCCUCUUUUACCUUCCCGCCGGCACUGGCGAGAGCAUCCGGGAAACCACAUACGACCCGGCGCUUGUGUUCCGCGUAGACUCCGUUGCCACAUUUUGGAAGGUCUUCAACAACGUACCGGCGGCGACGUCAAUGGAGAUCGGGACUCUCUACUUCUUCCGCGAUGGCAUCAACCCGAAGUGGGAGGACCCAGGGAAUUGCGACGGCGGUAUGGUUAAGAUUAAAGUAGCCUCUGACCACAUCGACGAAGCAUGGGUGCUGCUGCUGUGCCGCACUAUUGGGGAGUCCUGGUCCAAGUCGGUGCGCAACACUGUCAACGGCGUCGCUCUUAAGGUGCGCGAGCGCGGCUACGUGUUGGAAGUCUGGGUGACGAAGCAGAGCCCCGGGCUGAUGGCUGACAUUGGUGAAUUACUGCAGCCGCUCCUCGGCGACGCCUUCCUGACGCAGUACGCGCCCCACUCCGUGAUGCAGGAGCGCGCCGCUGCGGCAGCCGCUGCGUUGGCCGAAAGGGAGAAGCGGAAUAGGAACAGCCGUCGCCGUCGGUGA